AUGGUGACGAUUCUUUAUGCCCUUGUGGAGUCCGCGGAGGGGGUUCCCUUAGCCGAGGCUCAGGCUGUCCCGAGCGUGCACGCGGCGAGCGCCAAGAAGGUGCUCGCCAGCAUCAAGAGGCCACUUGUGGAGCGGAGGUGCGUCACGUACAACGGCUACUCGUACGACAUAUUGCCGCACAGGGACGGGACCGUGUACAUGUGCGUCACUGAGGAAUCCUGCAGCCGCGUAACUUCAUUCAGGUUUCUAGAGGCUGCUCGGCGACACUGCAGCUCACAGUGUGGCAACCCUGCUAGUAUGGCUGCCGAGUUGAGGAAGGAGGUGGAGUUGUUUAACGACGCACAGAGCACAAAAAUACGUGAUCUUUCUUCAAAAAUCGAAACCGUCAAGGGGACCAUGAUCGCGAAUGUGGAUAAAUUAUUGUCCCGCGAGGACAGACUUGAUGCGCUGUUAUUGCAGUCCUCCGCGCUUGAGGGCGAAUCAUCGGCAUUCCGACAGAAUGCAAGGAGUCUGGAGCGCCAGUCUCUCUGCCGGCGGAUUGCUAUCGGUGUCGCCGUUGCUCUCGUUGUUAUAGUUUUGCUCUUUAUGCUUGUGCUUAUGAUAUGCUCCAGGGACGGGGUCAACUUUGAUCGCUGCCGCGGCCAUUGA